CACGAGCUGGGGCCUGCCUGCCUGGGCUCCCUCAGAGGCCGCCCGCUCGGAACUCUUUCGGUUCGAAACCAAACAAACCGCGGGGGUGGGCAGGCAGGCAGGCAGGCAGGCAGGAGGGCAGGCAGCCGGACGGGGCCUCUUGGGAGGGAAGGAGGAGGAGGAGGAGGGAGCCGGUCGGCAUUUUGUUCAUUGCCAGAGAGAUUGAUCACAAAGAGUCGCCAAGAUAGCUGGCUCGGGAAGAAAACGUCGCACCCCUGACCCAGACUCCGUCACUGACCCCGGCGGGCCGUUUGUUUCAUCCAAACGGCUGAAAAUGUCCAGUAGUGCCAGUGUCCCUGGUCAGAGGAGAACAGCACGGGGAGCAGAUGAUGCAACCAACAAGAAAAAACAGAAGGACCGAGCUAAUCAGGAGAGCAAGGAGGGCGAGAGACCAGUUGGCAGUGACUCAAAGAAAGAGCCCUUUCCCAUCCUGGAACUGGUAGAGCCUAAUUGGCAGAGGGAAUCAGAGGAGGACCUCCUGCUGGACUGGAAGCAGAAUGCUGAUGAGGUUAUUGUAAAGCUGAGCUUGGGCGGUGGCAUCCCAAAAACAGAGGAAGUGGAUGCCUCUUUCACAGACACCAGUUGUCUCAUCAAGUUACCUGGUGGUCGUCAGUGGAGCUGUCAGUUUUAUCAGGAAAUUGAGAGCUCUUGUAGCAAAGUUCAGUUCAAGAAAGGCAAUAUCCUACAACUGGUGCUGCAGAAGAAAAUCCCACUCCACACAUGGGCUUCACUGUUGAAACGCUGCAAAGAUGGCUCAAGAGACCAGACCAAAAAGGUGUGCAAGGAGAAUGGCAAGGAGAAACCCACUUCAGUGAAGAACAUCACUGAGGAUCCCCAAUCUUGUAGCACCACAGAGUCAUCCAGGGCUAAACGAGAGCUCUGCAACCCAAAGCGAGCUCCUGGAAGGAGUGAAAGUACAGGAGGAAAGAACCCAUCCAUCCCAGGGCUACCAACUGGCCCGAGUGCCAAGCGGGCAGUGUGCACUAAAACCAGUCUCUUGGAGGAUGAAGGGAAUCACAGCAGCAUGGAAAACACAGGACUCUGUGGGGAAGCUGACAGACAAAGGAGUGAUCAGAGAGCUCAAGGGGAUGCUGUAUUGCACUUAAAGGGUGAAAAAACAGAGAUGGAAUCGGUGCCCAUGGAAAUGCAAGCCUCUGUGGCUCCUACAGAGGUAUUGCCCUCUCCACUCAGACUUGGUUUAGAAGAGAGGAUCCCAGAACCAGCCAUUUCUUGUGAGACUCCAUCAGAAGCUGUGUUUGCCAUCAGCAAAGAUCUCUCUUCCUCUCUACCGAGUAGUGAUACUGAAAAGAGUGGGUGGACCAAGGAGAAGGAUGCUCUAGAUGCUGUUGUUAAUGAACCGGAGCCCACUGUGAAUCUGACGUUUGUCAAGAACGAUUUCUAUGAGAAGGGGAACGAUUCUAUGGUGGUGCAUGUUUAUGUGAAGGAGAUUCACAAGGAGAUGUCCAGGGUGCUCUUUCGGGAGCAAGACUUCACAUUACUAUUCCAGACAAGUGAUGUCAACUUCCUGCGACUGCAUCCUGGCUGUGGCUCUCAUACAAUAUUCAGGUGGCAAGUAAAACUCAGGAAUCUCAUAGAACCAGACCAGUGCACCUAUAAUUUCACCACUGCCCGCAUCGACAUCUGCCUGAAGAAGCGGCAUAGCCAACGCUGGGGGGGCCUGGAAGCUCCAGCCACACGAGGUGCAGUGGGUGGUGCAAAGGUGGCCAUGCCAACAGGUCCUACCCCCUUGGAUAAAAGCCAACCUGGGAGUAACCAGCACACUCUUUCCACCAAAGAAGAAGCUCGAGCAGGUGAAAAGGAGAAGCCACGGGCAGAGGAAAGUGGCCUGGAUGGCGUCGCUGCUCGGACGGUGUCUGAACACAUGCCGGUGAAGCAGGAGCCUCUUGUGCCCUCGCCCAAGCCAACAUGCAUGGUCCCACCCAUGACUCACAGCCCUGUCAGCAGUGAAAGUGUGGAGGAAGAAGAGGAGGAAGAGGACAAGAAGGUGUGCUUGCCAGGUUUCACAGGAUUAGUGAACCUGGGCAACACUUGUUUCAUGAACAGUGUUAUCCAGUCUCUGUCCAACACACGGGAGUUGCGGGACUACUUUCAUGAUCGCUCCUUUGAAUCUGAGAUCAAUUACAACAAUCCACUGGGAACUGGAGGGCGACUGGCUAUUGGUUUUGCUGUGCUGUUGAGAGCACUCUGGAAAGGCACUCACCAUGCCUUCCAGCCUUCCAAGCUAAAGGCAAUUGUGGCCAGCAAGGCAAGCCAGUUUACAGGUUAUGCUCAACAUGAUGCCCAAGAAUUCAUGGCUUUUCUGUUGGAUGGGCUACAUGAGGAUCUGAACCGCAUCCAGAACAAGCCCUACACAGAAACAGUGGACUCAGAUGGACGGCCAGAUGAGGUUGUUGCAGAAGAGGCCUGGCACCGGCACAAAAUGAGGAAUGACUCCUUCAUUGUGGACCUCUUCCAGGGCCAGUACAAGUCCAAGCUAGUGUGUCCUGUAUGCUCAAAGGUGUCCAUCACAUUUGAUCCCUUCUUGUAUUUGCCAGUCCCCCUUCCCCAGAAGCAGAAAGUCCUAACGGUUUAUUAUUUUGCAAAGGAACCCCACAAGAAACCUGUCAAGUUCCUUGUGAGCAUCAGCAAGGAGAACUCCACAGCCAUGGAGGUGCUGGACUCUGUGUCCCAUAGCGUGCGAGUGAAUCCUGAGAACCUGCGUCUGGCUGAGGUAAUCAAGAACCGAUUCCAUCGCAUGUUCCUGCCUUCCCACUCAUUGGAUGCAGUCUCUCCCUCAGACCUUCUGCUGUGCUUUGAGGUGCUUUCUCCAGACCUGGCCAAGGAGCGGGUGGUGGAGCUGCAAGUUCAACAGCGUCCUCAGGUGACCAGCGUGCCCAUCACCAAAUGUGCCGCUUGUCAGAAGAAGCAGCAGUCAGAAGAGGAGAAGCUGAAGCGCUGUACUCGGUGCUACCGUGUUGGCUACUGUAAUGUAGUGUGCCAGAGAACCCACUGGUCUGACCACAAAACGUUGUGCCGCCCUGAGAACAUAGGCUUCCCCUUCCUCAUCAGUGUUCCAGAGUCACGCCUCACCUAUGCACGGCUAGCCCAGCUUCUGGAAGGUUAUGCAAGAUACUCAGUCAGUGUAUUUCAGCCACCCUUCCAGAUGGGCAGGAUGUCACCUGAACAAGGGUUACAGCAUCCUGAGAAACAAGAACCUUCUGCCAGGAAUAGUAGUGCAACUGCUUCUGCUACAAGUGACAGCACUACCACUCUGGAGUCAGGAGAUGGUGCUAGGGCCCCACACCUCUUGCCAGAACCCCAGGCGUCUUUCUCUGGCCCUGAACUACAGCCUGAAUUGGGGGAUGCCAGUGCUGUGAGGAGCAAGAUCACCCCAGGAAGAAGCUCAGGUCUGAACUUGGAUUCAGGCGUGCCUGAGACUUUGGUGGCCUCGCGGCCUGACACCUGCAUGGAGCUGCCUUGCAUGGAACUACCAAGAGCCUCCAAGCCUGAAGCUGCCAUCCCUGGUUACCAGCAUCCAUCAGAGGGCCUAAGUUCCCAUGUUACCCAGUUUUACAUCAACAAGAUUGAUGCUUCCAGCAAAGAACAGAAACUGGAGGAUAAAGGAGAUAUCCCACUGGACCUGACAGAUGACUGUUCUCUGGCCUUGGUUUGGAAGAAUAAUGAGCGGAUGAAGGAGUUUGUGCUGGUUGAGUCCAAGGACCUGGAGUGUGUGGAAGAUCCAGGCUCUGCAAGUGAAGCUGCCAGGGCAGGACACUUCACCCUUGAACAGUGCCUCAACCUCUUCACCAAGCCAGAGGUCUUAGCCCCAGAGGAGGCCUGGUACUGCCCAAAGUGUAAGCAGCACCGCGAAGCAUCUAAGCAACUCAUGUUGUGGCGUCUGCCCAAUGUCCUCAUCAUACAGCUCAAGCGGUUCUCCUUCCGUAGCUUUAUUUGGAGGGACAAGAUCAAUGAUAUGGUGGACUUCCCUGUCAGGAGCUUGGACCUGAGCAAGUUCUGUAUUGGUCAGAAGGAUGAGCAGCAGCUACCUAUGUAUGAUCUGUAUGCAGUUAUUAAUCACUAUGGAGGCAUGAUUGGCGGGCACUACACAGCUUAUGCCCGAUUGCCCAGUGACAAGAACAGCCAGCGUAGUGACGUGGGUUGGCGGCUCUUUGAUGACAGUACAGUCACUACAGUAGAUGAAAGCCAGGUGGUGACACGAUAUGCCUAUGUGCUCUUCUACCGUCGACGGAACUCUCCUGUAGAGAGACCCCCAAGAGGGCCACCUCACCCCUCGGACCCUCGGGCUGACUUGGCUUCCUCUGCUGAGGCAGCAGCCAAUCAGGCUUCUCUGCUCUGGCAGGAACUGGAGGCAGAAGAGGAAGCUGCCAGGAGGCUCUUGAGGAACCCUUGGAGGUCUGGCAACCGAGGAUCAGUGGACCUUGCCUCAGAGUGUCCUGAUGAAAGCCAUGUCCGAUACUUUGUCCUGGGCACCAUGGCAGCCAUUGUGGCACUCUUCCUGAAUGUCUUCUACCCACUCAUCUAUCAGACCCACUGGAGGUAGCAGCGACAACAACACAGCAAGGCACCAUGAAAAAGGGGGCCACCUGCUUUAUUGCUCUCCUGGGUUGCAUCUUUUAGUGAGAGGCUGGGAAGCUCCUCGCCAGUGCUUAUGGAGAAAGCACCAAAUCCAAACUCUGCUGUCUCUCCCCCUUCUUGCAUUUGCAUCUGGGAAAGGCCCACAAUAGCUGUGGGACCUAAGAAGCCUCAGUGGGGAUGACCUAUCUUUCCUGGGUUGAUAAUCCCAGCCCUCUGGUGCCUACUAGUUGAGCAUUGUGCCAGCUUCCCAUUUGGGCAUUAGUAUAACUUUCUGAAGAGAAAUCUUUUUUCCUUUGGUUUGGGGGAGGAAAAAUGCAAUGCUGACUCUUUGAGAUCUAGCUGAAUUAUACUCUCUCGCCAUCUUGCAGUAUCCCUCUUUUUGUUUCCUAUUUUGUUUUUAUUUUGGCAGCAUCAUCUUUUAAGCCUGAGGCGACACUUGGAUGUGACAUGUAAGGGAAACUCCUUCUUUUUCUCUCUCUAGUCAAGCCUGGAUUAGGCUAACCAUUCUUCAGCAUAGGGCCCCAGUUAAACAGAAGGCAGGACUUUGAUGUGAGUCUCUGCUCCUUUUCUUGUUUCUGCGGAUGAAUAUGGAUGCCUAUUUCUGUGCAUACAUGAGGCAAUAGAAAUACAUUUUUGGAAUCACUGCUUUGUGGCCUUAUAUUUAUUUCAGUCUGGCUCUGUGCUAGUGUCUGUAUAGGUGAUGGAAGAUCCUUCUUGUGCCUUGUUCCAAUCUUAAAUACCUUGAUGCAGGUGUUUGCCUGUGGCCAGAGAGAUGAGUGUUGUCUUGAGAGCUUUGCCAUCUAAUGCUUCCUAGCACCUUUCUGCGUUAUGUAUGAUUUUUGCUAUUAUUGUUUCAUAUGCAUUAUAAAGCCUAGAAUGUUAUACAUACUUCCCAGCACCUUCAGAAAUAGUUUUACUUUUAUGGUUUUGCUUAUUAAUGGAGGGAAAGCACAGUCUUUGUUCCUGCCAGUAGUCUGGCGGAUUGGUGCCUGUCAUGGACUGUCUCUGUUGUGGACUAGACAGUCUCAAGCCACCUCAGUGCCAAAGAGCACGGCCUGAUCCAUGCAUCGUUCUGGUGGAAAGCUUCACACUUUCCAGGAGAGACGCUAAGCCAUCUUCUGCCAGCUUGUGGAUUAAAGGCAAUGCAUUGUUCAGUAGAAAAGCUGUCACUAUAUUUAUUUAUUGUAUUUAAUAAACCUAAGCUAUUCUAAAGAAAAA